UGUCUGCUGAAUUUUUCUCAAGUUAAAAGAUUCAAAUUUCUGCAAGAGACACUUCGAAGUCUGAUUCAGUCUUUCUCAGAGGAUCUCAGCUUUUGUCGUCUGAUUUUUACAUCACAUUUCUAGUGAGCGGUUGAAAGGUCACGUGUAUCUACACAUGAUACGUCAGCAUUGUCGUCUGCUAGAUGUUUCGUCGACAGUUGAACCUCGAUUCCUGACUGAAAUUUGCCUUGACAGAGGAUCAUAUAAACUUUGAAUUACACGUUGAAAAAAGAAGGAAAAAAAAAAGAGGAAACAAAUAAACAAAACAACAAACGACGACAACAACAACAAAACAAUAUAAAACAAAAGACAACAAAAAAACCUACAUUUGUAAAAAAAAAAAAUUAUAUUUUAAUUUUCAAAAUAACCUCAUCAUGAAGAUUUUCUCAGAAUUCGGUAUCCGCUUAUUACAUAUCUUCAUCAUCAUGGCCGCUGGAGUUCUUGUCGUAAAUGUUGAUUCCCAGAAAUGCGGACGGGCUCCAGUGAUCUAUAACAGAGUUUUUACCGACAAGGCGGUCGUAGAAGAUGCACUGGUUACCAAAACGGGGAUCGCCACUAAAGUUGGUUGUCUCGAAGUUUGUGGGAGAAGUCUGGCCGUUGUCUGUACUUCAUUCGUCUUCAACAAACAAAAACAACAGUGCAACAUCUACAAAAACAGUUUAAACCAACUGACACAAGUCACCGAAACGGGAUCUGUAGGAUUCACGGUAUUAGAAGAAACCACAUGUCCUGCACCACCGCCCCUGCCCAAUGGCACAGUGACCUACACUUCAGUUGUAAUAGGAAGCACUGCCAGCUACAGCUGUGAUGCAGACUACCACUUUUUUGGACUCAGCCAGUCAAGUGUCUGUGAGACGACUCGAGCGUGGAAUGGUCUUAACGGUUCUUGUAGACAAGUGUUUUUCUACAACAUUCCACUUCCUAGCGGUACAACUCGGGACAUAUCUGUUCCUGGAUUAGUUACCGCAGGAUGGAAGAUAGAGGCAAUAGGAACGCCACUUGAUUCACCAAGAUUCUAUUUCAACCUAAUGAACGAUGAUAACAGAAUUAUACCCUUGAAUGUGGACGUGCGCUUCAACGUUGGUGGUGACAUAAACACCGUGAUUAUCAACUCCUUCAAUGGAUAUUGGGGCAGACAGGACUUUCCAUUCGCCCCAGAUCAGCAAUUUAACCUGACUAUCCUAGUGACGGAGAAUGGAUUUGAAGUGACCGUUGAUGGCCAGUGGCAUGCAACACGGGAACACAAUGUUAACGCAUCAGUGAUCACCGCUAUCAGAAUAGAUGAUGCCUGCAUUUAUCAAUCAGUUAAAAUGUUUUACUGAUUGCCAGAGAGAGGAAAUCCACAGACAAACAGACAGAGAGAGACACAGAUACAGAAGAACAGAGACCA